CAAAAAAUUUGUAAUUUGAAUUUGAGUUAACGCUUAUACACACACACACACUUCAAUUUGCGGAAACUGAAAGCCAACUUUACCGGUUUCUUCAAUUUAAUUUAAAUAAAAAUAAGCAUAGAAAAUACUAACAAAAAUUAAUACCAUAAUUUAUAAUAGAUUUCAAAUUUAUUCGCAAUGUCCAUGGAAUUUUAUUCGGAUGAAGAUAAGUAUGCGAAUGAGUCCUUUGAAAAUGACACAGAUGAGAUACCGGAAAUAUCAGAGACGGAAAGUGAAAGCGGCAAUGAACCGGCUGUAGUAUCAUCAAAUAGUACCCUCUAUGCCUAUGCCCGCAGUCGCUUUAAUGGGCGUAAGAACUCCUUGCAGAAUAAAUAUGUUGUGCCUUACUAUAGUUCGUCUGAGGAUGAUCAGGAUGUCGUGAUAAGCGAAACCAUAGCCGAAAUCAAUACAGAGCCAAUGUGCAUGGAUGACGCUAUGAAGACACCGAAAAUAAUUUUGAAAUCAUCACUAACACGACGCGACAGCUUAGCGCGUAUGAGCGGUCGGCAUAGAAAAUUAUCUCUUGAGCCAUUAUCAAUUGUGGAGAUACCAAAUAGUGCUUCAAAUGCUAGUGACAAUGUCGAAGAGACUGCCGGUGAAAUAUCGGAACAUGGUACCGACGAUGACGAUGACGAUGUUGAAGAGGAGGAAGAAAAAGCAAAAUCUGAUGUAGAACAUGAAAAUGAUGCCGAACUUUUAAAGAUAUUUAAUAAUUUGACCUGUGUUCAAAGUGAUAAACCAUUGACGACACUCCCUCUAGCAGAGCGAGAGGAAACAACACCAACAGCCGCAAUACCAAGUAGUUUGAACCAAAAUACUGUGCCGACGAUUCACGAGGAUGAGCCCUACGUAGAGUUGCAAAUGAAAAUCAAUGAUCUGAAUAAAGCAUCCACAGAGAAACCUCAAACAGUUGAGGUACACUUUUCCGAACCCAACAUUGGCAGUGAAUGUCUAACGGAAGAUAUUGAACAUGAACUCGUCGAAUAUGAACCAAGUAUAGAUGUGAAUAUCACAAGUGAAACACCAACCAGUUUCAAUUCAGAUGAUUACACUUUUCAUUUGAAUUUCCUACGCGGAAAUAGUUCAAACGAGAGAUUUAAAAUUCGUUCAAAUCAACGCAAAAGCUGGAGCUUUUCUAAUGACCGUAUGCGCGAGAUCGAGCGACACAAUCAUAUAUUGCUACGAAAAAUACUCUCACAGAAGCCUACGUACCAUUUGGCUACACCAAAGCCAACAAAGUUUGCUACGUUGCCUUCAACCUCGCGUACCACUAGUGCAGCUAUCAACCGGAAAAAGAAACAACGACAGAUUGAUCUUGAUAAUCAAGGACUCAAGCGACGCAUCGAGGCUAUAACACUUCGCCGACCAACGCUACAACAUUUAAAUUAAUUUUAAUAUCAGGCAUACACAUUUAUUUUUCCAUUAUUAUUUCAAUCUAAAUGUCGAACACU